UUGAAGCUCAUGAGUCAUACCUUGGCGUGACCUGACUGGCUGGUUUGACCUCAAAUCGGUAUUGGUUCAGAGGGGGCUGGGGUCAGAAUUAGUGGCGGGCAGCCAGUGCUGAGAGGACUUGAAAGAUGGGGGUCGUGACGGGGCCAUUGGAUGCGAGGGUGUGGCAUCAGAAGACCGAGCUGAACUUGGCGCCGGACUUUGCCAAGAUGGCAGCUGCCAUGGCAACUCCUAUCAUGCCUUCCGUGCUGGCACCAGUUCCCUUGGCUUUUUCCGAUUCAGUGCUCGGCACUGCUGCCACAUCGGGUUCACAUCCUACGCCCUCAGACCUAGCCAAGUCAUCUUUUCCACCCAUGCUUGCCUUUUCCACAGGGCCAUGUCCCGUGGCUUAUCCUGUGACCCACCCUUCCGUGGGACCUGUGCCAAUGUCCUUCACCGUGCCCAGUGCAAGCCCAAAGGCCCGAUAUGGCUCUUCAACAAGCAGAGCUCAGCUUAGUCUUUCACCGCUUGCAACAAGACCAGCGACGGCAAUGGCUUCAUUUGGACAGAAAGAGGCAGUACCCUCGACUCGCAUUGACGCGUCCAGAGAGCCUCCAUCAGCUGAAAAGGAGCGUGCGAGCUCCGCACACACGGCGUCCACAGCUUUUUCAGGCUUACCCUUGCGGGCAAGACUCGCAGGCAACGUAAGGUCAGGACCGCUUUCCAGACAAGCAGCCCAUCGCCAGUCUCAGCUCGUUGCCCGUGCACGUUUCUCGAAGAUCCCGAGAGCGACUGUUGGCUUCCAAGCCAGUAUUGGCUUGGCUCCAGAAGCCAUGCUGCCAGGGCAGGUAUUGCGGCAUCCGUCACAAAAGCUCCAGAUGCAUAGAGUAUUGAUUUGGCACUGCCGUCAUCCGCAUGGGCUUUUCUCGAUGUUCUCACUGGCUUUGGGCCAUGCAGACUCUUGCGAGAAGCAGGGCCUUGGACUGGUGGUGGAUUGGUCUUCCAGCGAUUUGCUUUACUCGGGCCCGCCUGGGGAGCCCAAUCUUUGGAACGCAUUUUUUUGCCAACCUGCUGAGCUCAAGAUCACACCAGAGGCCUUGAGCCAGGCGAUCCGCUUUGGACAGUUCGUAGAAACCAGCAAGCACAAUGUGGUUUGGGGGGCAUACCGCGGUGUCAUCCAGGACUAUGGAGAUAUUCCUUUGCAUCAAGCCGCGCGUGGACGUGCCUUGUGCAGGCGCAACAUUGUUCUCCGCCCCAGGUUCCAAGAGAAAUUGGAAAGUGCAAUGGAGCAUUUGCCGGAGGGGAGACGAUUGGCGGUACACAUUCGGCGAAGUGACAAGGCAAGCGAAGCAGCUGCAAACUUUGAACUUACGGACGAGGGCUUGCUCGAGCGAAUCCUUGCUCAGUGCGUUGUUUGGCAAAUGGAUGGCGUAUUCCUUUGCACCGAUGACGCUGCCUUGAAGCAGCGGCUAACGGAGUCACUCAAGCAAUGUGGCUUGCUUGUAUCCACCUAUGACGCAACAUUGCCGGCAGAUGCAUCGAAGGCUGUUCACUUCGACAAAAGUCUGGACUCAUACAAGAAGGCAGAGGAUGUGGUGAUGGAAGUGCUUCUUAUGGCUAGAGGUUGCCGCGGCUUGCUAUCAACGUACAGCAACGUCUCAGCCGCCGUGGUAUACCUGAGCCCAGACAGUUUUACGUGCCAAGCAAAGAACCAGUUACGAUGCAUCGCAUACGCGCACUUCACUGGCGUAAGGUCUUGCUGAUGCAAUGUCAACGCUCAUGUCCACAAGUGCCUUUGUCCUCUCUGCUUCUUGGAGGUACACAACAUUUUGGGACCCUGUGGAUGCCAACAUGCAGGCAUGCCGUGAGGAGACCGUUCUGACCUUGAGCCCUGAGUUUUGAUGGACUCAGGCAAUCGUACAUGGCGUGCAUGUUGUCAUUGCCACAGCCUGAUGAAAGCCGGA